AUGGGCACCCGCGGGCCCCCCGCGCUGCUGGACACCACGCCCGCCAAGACCAUCGUGGUGUACCGCAACGGGGACCCGUUCUCCCCGGGCAGGAGGUUCGUGCUGCCGCGGCGCCGCGGCGCCACCUUCGAGGCGCUGCUGGAGCAGCUCACGGAGCAGGUGGACGUCCCGUUCGGCGUGCGCCGCCUCUUCACGCCCACGCGGGGGCGCCCGGUGCUGGCGCUGGACGCGCUGCAGGCGGGCGGCAAGUACGUGGCGGCGGGCCGCGAGCGCUUCAAGGAGCUCGAUUAUAUUCAUAUAGUUCCCCGAAAACCUGCAAAGAUAAGGAAGUUGAAGGAAAUCAAACCGGUGGUGCAUUGUGAUAUAAAUGUGCCUUCCAAGUGGCAAACAUAUCAUCGUAUAUCCCGACAUAUAAAUGUUUUUACAAAUGGAAGAUUAUUUAUUCCACCUGCAAAAAUUAUUAUACCCAAAUUUAGUCUGUCUGAUUGGGACAUCGUGCUGGCCAUGAUUGGAGAAAAAGUCUUCCCUCUAGGAGGCGUCCGGAAAUUGUUUACAAUGGAUGGGCAUCUAUUGGAUAACUCAAAGGAUUUGCAAGACAAUCACUUUUAUGUUGCUGCCGGGCUGGAGACCUUCAAGUAUUUUCCUUACUGGAAGUCUCCGAGGGUGCCCAGCGAGGUCCAACAAAGGUAUGCGAAUGUUGAAAAACACCUACAGAGAAAGAAAAAAGUAAAUAACGUUUUAAAACAAGUGGAUGCCAAAGGAAAAGAACCUCGUAAAUAUGAUGGCAUACCCCCUAAAACACAGGAUUCUGUUUAUCAUGCCAAGGAAGAAAAGAAGAAAACAUUGGUAGAACCUUUAGUCGAAAGGGGAGCAGAAGGUGACGUGUAUAAAGCACCAACUCCUAGCAAGGAAACCCAAGGAGCGCUGGAGGUCAAAGAGGAUGGCCACGUGCAGCUGGAGGUGCCUGUGGACCAGAGACCAGCUGAGGUAGUUAAAGAAGAUGAAGAGAUACAUGAGAAUACCCCCGAUUUUGAGGGCAACAAGGAAAAUGAAGAUGCAAGGCUUUGUGAAGACGUUGAAAGAAAGGUUUGUAUCAACAAUAACUGUGGCUUUGUGUUUUCUGCUGUGAAGACAGAGCUAACGAGAGAAUGCAUGGAUGCCCAGCCCUUGGCAGAUGGCCCGGGAGUGGAAACCUGUAGAUUAACAAAACCACCUUUAUUAUCUACCUGAAGUCCACUUUUCUUCAACUAUGGGGCUUCCAUCUCACAUAUGGACAUUUUAACAGCAAGAAAAUCACAUCUGGGGUGAAACUAAAGCCCCACACAGUGGUGUCUUCUCAAAAGCUAAGGACAAGGUUUCCCAGUUGAGCCCCAUAUUCUUCUUACUCUGUUUCUCGGUGAUAUUUCUUUUUAGUAAACAUUUUAAAGAAUGAAA